AUGGCACCCAAGAAGAAGGGAAACAAGAGACAGGAAGCGGACUGGGAGGCUGAGCUGGGCGAGUCUGCCCCCGCCACCGCGUCCCCUCCUGCUGAGGAUGCCGCCGCUGCUCCCGCCGAUGAGGGCGAGGACAGUGGCAUGGGAGGUGGACUUCUCGCCGCGCUCCGGAAGAACAAGGCCAAGAAGGGUAAGAAGGGUAAGCCUGCCAACGACUUCGUCGAGGGCGAGGAUGCCUCCGCGGAUGCCAACGGCGCCGCUGCCGCCGAUGACUUCGCCAGCAAGCAGCCCGAGGAGGGUGGCUUCGAUGACGAGGACGAUGUCUUCUCCGGAAAGGCGAAGCCUAACAAGAAGGCUGCUGCCGCUGCCGCUCCGGCUCCCAAGGCUGCUGAUGAGGAUGAGGGUGAAUUCCGUGUGAAGUCGAAGAAGGAGAAGGAGAGGGAAAAGAAGGAGAGGGAGAAGCAGCGGAAGAGGGAACAGGCUGCUAAGAAGAAGACUACUGCCCCCGCCGAGACGAAGGCUCAACCCGCUGCUAAGGCCGAGCCUGUCAAGAAGGAGGAAGCUCCUGCUCCUGUUGCUGCGGCUCCUGAGCCUACCGGUGGCAAGAAGAAGAAGAUCCCCGCACACUUGCUUGCCAUCCAGAAGCAGCAGGAGGCUCUGAGGAAGCAACAGGAGGAGGCCGAGCGCUUGGCGGCUGAAGAAGCCGCCGCUGAGGAGGAGAAACGUCGCCAUGAGGAGGAGGAAGAGAAGAAGAAGGAGGAGGCUCGUCAACGGAAAAAGGAGAAGGAGAAGGAGAAGAAGGAGCAGCUCCGCAAAGAAGGAAAGCUCCUCACCAAGGCUCAGAAGGAAGCCAAGGAGCGCAACGAGCGCCGUAUGCAGCAGCUGCUUGCUUCCGGUGUUGGCAAGGUUGCCGGUCUUGAGGAAGGCGGUGCGGAGAAGAAGAAGCCCGUCUACGACAACCGGAAGAAGCGCGGCCCCAAGAAGCAGGAGGACGACCUGGAAGCUGCUGCCGCCCGUGCCAAGGCUCAACGUGAAGCUGAGGAGGAGCGCCGGAGAAAGGAAGAGGAGGAGAAGGCCAAGGCUGAGGCUAAGGCCGCUGCUGCUGCCAAGGGUGGCGAUGAGGACAGUGAGGUCGAUGACUGGGAGAAGGCCGCCGAAGAAGACGAUGUCAAGGACAGCUGGGACGCGCCUUCGGACGUGGAGGAGAAGCCCGCUACGAACGGUGCUGAGAAGGGUGCUCCUGCCUCUGCCGCUGCUAAGAAGCAGGGAGAGGAGAGCGACGAAUCCGAUGAGUCGUCUUCCGAAGAAGAUUCAGACGAGGAGCAGUCCGCGGCCCAGAAGGCCAUUGCUCAGCGCAAAGCAGAGGCGGCCGAGCGCAGAAAGAAGCAGCACGAAGAGGCUCUGGCUGCUCGGUCCAAGGACAACCUCCGCUCGCCCAUUUGCUGUAUUCUCGGACACGUCGAUACCGGUAAGACCAAGCUGCUGGAUAAGAUUCGUCAGACAAAUGUCCAAGAGGGCGAAGCUGGUGGUAUUACCCAGCAGAUUGGUGCCACCUACUUCCCUGUCGAUGCCCUCCGCCAGAAGACCCAGGUCGUCAACCAGGACGGCAAGUUCGAGUUCAAGAUCCCCGGUCUGCUGGUCAUCGAUACCCCCGGUCACGAGUCUUUCUCCAACUUGCGUUCCCGUGGUUCUUCCCUCUGUAACAUCGCUAUCUUGGUCGUCGAUAUCAUGCACGGUCUCGAGCCUCAGACUCUUGAGUCUAUGAGAUUGCUCCGUGACCGCCGCACGCCUUUCAUCGUCGCGCUGAACAAGAUCGAUCGUCUGUACGGUUGGAAGAAGAUCGACAACAACGGUUUCCAGGAGAGUUUGGCUAUGCAGAGCAAGGGUGUUCAGAACGAGUUUCGCACUCGUCUUGAGCGCACCAAGCUGCUCUUCGCUGAGCAGGGUUUCAACGCCGAGUUGUUCAGCGAGAACAAGUCGAUGGCCCGCAACGUCUCUCUCGUCCCCACCUCCGCCCACACCGGUGAAGGUAUUCCCGACAUGCUGAAGCUGUUGACCACCUUGACCCAGGAGCGUAUGACCAACUCCUUGAUGUACCUGUCUGAGGUUGAGUGUACGGUUCUUGAAGUCAAGGUCAUCGAGGGUCUCGGUACUACCAUCGAUGUUGUCCUGUCCAACGGUAUUCUUCGUGAGGGAGACCGAAUCGUGCUGUGCGGUCUCAACGGCCCUAUAGCAACGAACAUUCGAGCACUGUUGACGCCUGCACCGCUUAAGGAGCUGCGUCUCAAGUCGCAGUACGUCCACAACAAGGAGGUCAAGGCCGCCCUGGGUGUCAAGAUUGCCGCCAACGAUCUCGAGCAGGCCAUUGCUGGUUCUCGAUUGAUGGUUGUUGGACCCGAUGAUGACGAGGAAGACAUCGAAGAUGAGGUCAUGUCCGAUCUUGAGAACCUGCUCAGCAAGGUGUCCAGAGAUCAGCGUGGUGUCAGUGUCCAGGCUUCCACUCUUGGUUCCUUGGAGGCGCUGCUUGAGUUCCUGCGUGUCUCCAAGAUUCCAGUUGCCAACAUCUCGAUUGGUCCUGUCUACAAGCGUGAUGUCAUGAUGGCUGGAACGAUGUUGGAGAAGGCUAGGGAGUACGCCGUCAUGCUGUGCUUCGAUGUCAAGGUUGACAAGGAAGCGGCUGCCUACGCCGAUGAGGUCGGCGUCAAGAUCUUCACGGCCGAUAUUAUCUACCAUCUGUUCGACGACUUCACCAAGCAUAUGGCAGAGCUGCAGGAGAAGAGAAAGGAGGAGAGCAAGAUGCAUGCUGUCUUCCCCUGUGUGCUCAAGACCGUGGCCGUCUUCAACAAGAAGGAUCCUAUUGUCAUCGGUGUCGACGUUAUCGAGGGUAGUCUGCGCCUGCACACUCCUAUCGCUGCGGUGAAGACUAACUCCGAGACCGGCGCGAAGGAGAUUGUCAACCUCGGCAGAGUUUCCUCCAUUGAGCGUGACCACAAGGCCAUCCCCGUCUGCAAGAAGGGCCAGCCCUCUGUUGCUGUCAAGAUCGAGGGUGCUAACCAGCCCAUGUACGGUCGUCAGCUUGAAGAGUCCGAUACUCUGUACUCGCAGAUCUCUCGUGUCAGUAUCGACACGCUGAAGGAGUUCUACCGUUCGGACGUGACGAUGGAGGAGUGGGGUCUUGUUAAGAAGCUCAAGCCUGUCUUCGACAUCCCAUGA